AUGAUAGGUGCAGGCUCCAACUAUGAAUUUAAGGCCGAUAAUCCCCAAGGAUUAGGUCCAUUUUUUAAUCAUGUGGUCGGAAAAGAUACCGAGAUAGUAGAAGUCGGAGUAGAAGCAAGAGUUCCCGAAGACAUUAUUCUCGAUCUCGGUCUCGUUCCCGCUCCCGCUCCCGAACCCGUAAUCGUUCACGCACGUACUCCCGCUCACCAAGGGUACGAAGCCGAACAAGACAUUGAUGGAUAUUGA